CACUUUUUCUUUUUGGAGUUUAACUUAGGUAGCUAAAACGGAAUGUGUAAGUGUAAAUACCGAUAUAUUUGUUUAACUAAAAAUAUAUUGUAAUAUACGAACAACUACACACAACGCGUUGAAGCGAAGGUAAAGCUGGCUUGUAUUUGUUAGGAUUUUACUAUGCAGUUCUUUUUCGAACGUUUUGCAGUUAAUUUCAAACUGGCCUCUGAAAUUGCUUCAGUGAAUAGUUAUUAACGCAGCACAUCCCUACAAAAUAGGAGCAUAUAAUAUGGGGCGAUGAGAUGCUCUUAUGAUUACAGUACUCCUACGACGAUCUCGGAAUUGAAAAUUUCACAUUAUCGUACAUUCGCAAAAUACCGCUUUCUUAAAUUCUGGAUUGUGUUUUUUGGGGGAAGUUUAAGUAGCAAAAAUAUAUAUGGAUAAGGUUUCGUCUGUUUAGACGGAUGUAUUUGAAAUUGCUAUCCUGAUACCCGUAUUAUAGCAAACUGCGUCAGUGUCUCCUGAUUUUGCAGGUACUGAGCUGCUGCUACUGUUUUGGAGAAAGACCAUGGUAAUAUAAAUCGGGAACAUCAAGUAUACAUACUAAAAUCACCUGCUGAAAUGGAAACGGGAGGCGAGUCUAAUUCCAAUCCUCCGCUGGGAGGUAAAUUUCCAUCUGUUCCCAAUAACGACUGUGAACUUAACAUUAAUAUUUAUCACGCCGUCAGUGACAAUAAUGUCAAUACCAUGGAUACUGCUGCAGUGCCGAGAGGGGGAAGCGAUCCUAGCGCUUAUCCUCCAUCACAUCAUCAUAGGCUUGUCAAUCAGCGGUUUAGAAGGAGAAGUUUGUGGUUUUCUGACUCCGAAGAACAAAGCUUUGAUUCACCCGAAUGUGACAAUAAAAACACAAUUCAAAAUCUAAAUCUGCGGACAAUUGUAGGUAGGACAGUGGGGACUCAGGGUUGCGUGCAGGAGGGCUCCAGCACCGAGAGUCAAGGCGGACAAAAAGACAGUGCAACGGAAAGCGUUAGUGCAGAUGAGGAGAAAGCUGAAGUCGAACAGAAGUGCAACGCUGUCUUGCCUGAAAAUACCAAGAUUGUGGGGAAAUCGGCGAGUGAGGAGACUGAAGAAGAGGCUGGGAUGAAAGCAGUUUCCACAUCUCCAGGGGGGAGGUUUCUUAAAUUUGACACUGAGCUUGGAAGAGGGUCAUUCAAGACCGUCUACAAGGGAUUGGACACAGACUCCUGGGUUGAAGUUGCUUGGUGUGAACUUCAGGACCGCAAACUCUCAAAGGUAGAGCGGCAGAGGUUUAAGGAGGAGGCAGAAAUGUUGAAAGGCUUGCAGCAUCCAAACAUUGUUCGAUUUUAUGACUCCUGGGAAUCCUCACUCAAAGGAAAGAAAUGUAUUGUAUUGGUUACUGAGCUGAUGACAUCUGGAACUCUAAAAACAUAUUUGAAGAGAUUUAAAGUGAUGAAACCAAAGGUUCUGCGUAGUUGGUGCCGACAGAUUUUGAAAGGCCUGCACUUCUUCCAUACAAGGACUCCCCCCAUCAUUCACAGAGACUUGAAAUGUGAUAAUAUAUUUAUUACUGGACCGACUGGAUCUGUGAAAAUAGGCGAUUUGGGCCUUGCAACUCUAAAAAGGGCUUCUUUUGCCAAAAGUGUAAUAGGUACUCCUGAAUUUAUGGCUCCAGAAAUGUAUGAAGAACAUUACGAUGAAUCUGUAGACGUGUAUGCCUUUGGGAUGUGCAUGCUGGAAAUGGCUACCACUGAAUAUCCAUACUCGGAGUGCCAGAAUGCUGCACAGAUUUACCGAAAAGUAACAAGUGGUGUGAAGCCAGCAAGCUACAACAAGGUUACUGAUCCGGAAAUCAAGGAAAUUAUUGGAGAAUGCAUCUGCCAAAAAAAAGAAGAAAGGUACUCGAUAAAAGAUCUUCUAAAUCAUGCCUUCUUUGCGGAGGACACAGGGGUGAGGGUUGAACUCGCAGAGGAAGAUGAUGGCAAGAAGUCCUCAAUUGCCUUGAAAUUGUGGGUUGAAGAUCCCAAGAAACUCAAAACGAAAUACAAAGACAACGGGGCCAUUGAAUUUACUUUUGAUCUGGAGAAUGAAGUUCCUGAGGAUGUAGCUCAGGAAAUGAUUGAGUCUGGAUUCUUUCAUGAAAGUGAUAUCAAGAUUGUUGGAAAGUCUAUAAAGGACAGGGUGGCAUUAAUCAAAUGGAAAAGGGAAAGAACAGUUCUGUUGCAGGUAAACAAGGAGCACCGAGAUGGCGAUGGCUUAGAGAAGCAGAAAGCCCAACAAGCACAACUGCUGAUCCCAGUUGUAGGCGUUCUUCAAGUGGGACAGCCAGUCGUCUUGGAGCCUGAGGAGCCAGAAGCAGACCAGUAUCCCCACCAUCUGAAUCUUCCUGCCAGUGCCACAUCUGUUACAUCUGACAGUACAUUCGACAGUGGCCUGGGUUUGACAGUGUACUCGGACUCUCAGAGCAGCCAGCAGAGUGUCAUCUACCCAUCUCACCUGGACCCCAUCCCCUGUGCUGUGCAGCAGGUCUGCAGCCCACCCCUGAGUGACACCCAGGGCCCUCCCCCCAGUCUGCAGCACCACCACCACCAACAGCAGCCGCAGCUGGGGUCCUAUCCACAGCCUCCAGCACCUGGCUUUUCCAUGAUCCAGAACCCAGCUGCUGCCCUCUCUCAGCAGUCCCAGCAGCUUUACCAGCAGCCAACACAGCCAUUCCCUGUUCUACAGCCAACUGCAAUCCCCACAGUGCAGCAUGCCCCAUCGCAGACCAUGCCUCCAACCCAGCAGUUCCAAAGCUAUUUCUACACUGCAACAUUCCAGUCCCAGCAGCAUCUUGCAGCAAUGCCGAAUCUCCAACAGCAGGUUUCUGACAUGAAGCCACUUCACAUCUCCACGCCCCCCACACAGUUUCCUGUUAUUCCCCCUGCAACUCCCCUUUCUGGAUGUGACACUUUUGUUCCUUCUCGCCCUGAUUUCUCCAACGUUCCCACUGUGCCAGCCUCUUAUUUCUCGCCUGGCAAAACAGUAGAUCCUCCUUCAGUGAACCCUACUGUGUCUCUGUCUACAACUAAAGUGGCUCCUGCCAUGCAGGUGGGAAACCUGACUCAAACCUCUGAAUCUGUGGUCUUGCCAUGCCAAGGAUUGCCUGCACCAGUGUCUUUGCUUGAUAUGGGUUUCUUUGGUGAUUCAGUUUUGCCAGCUCGGCAGCAAAUGCACCAACUAACCCAGCAGCAGCAGAUGUCUCCCUUACAGCAAAUGAUUCAGGCUGAGGUUCCACCCUUGCAACCUAUUCAAAUAGCACAGACAGUGUCUCGGCAGCAUCAGCAGCUUCCUUUGCUACAGCAGUCUGUUCAGCAGAAUUUAAUUCCACUUCCAGAGCAAGCUAUUCCUGAAGCUGAGCAUUCCGGGCAGAUGAAUGCUGGACAGAUGUCCACUCAGUAUUCUUUUGAUUUGGGAAUGCAAGCAGAGACACAUUUUCAGACACCCGUAAGAACUACCCAGGCUCCAAUCGUGUCCCCACCUUUGCCGGAAAUGAUGUCUGCACCAGCUGGAGUGGAGCAGGUUCUGCAUCCCACUGGCAAGCAGACCGCAACAGCUGCCCCUACAAACAUAACCCAACCGUUGAGUCAGCAAACCAGGAUGACUGCACCUGCCCAGCCUGCAGCAGACGUUUGUGAAGAGGAGCCCAUACCAGAGAAACAGCUACCACUACACAGUUGCUGCUAUGACAGUGUGAAUUCUGAUGCUGCGUCAGGUAAAGAGAUGAGUGAUGGCUAUGAAGGAAUUCAAGGUGGUGGAAAGCAAGAAGGAAAGUCAAGAAAACAUCACAGAAGGUCAACGAGAACUCGCUCCCGUCAAGAAAAAACAAGCAAACCCAAACUAACCAUUCUAAAUGUCUGUAACACUGGAGAUAAGAUGGUAGAGUGCCAGCUGGAGACACACAAUCAUAAAAUGGUAACAUUCAAGUUUGAUUUAGAUGGGGAUGCUCCUGAAGAAAUAGCAAUUUACAUGGUCGAGAAUGACUUCAUCUUGCAGACCGAAAAAGAGACAUUUAUUGAGCAACUGAAAGAUAUCAUUGAUAAAGCUGAGGAUAUGCUGAGUGAGGAUACAGAAGGAGAAAGAAGUUCUGAUCAAGGAACAAGUCCACAACAAGGACAUACCGUUGUGUUAGAAAUGGGAGAGGUUUCAACAGAUCUGCAGUCGCGGGGCAGCCAGCCUGUUUAUCAGCAGAAUGUGCUUCAUACUGGCAGACGGUGGUUUAUUAUAUGCCCAGUGGAUGAAACGCCCACACCUGAGGUAAAGACGAGCACUUCAUCUGCUUCAACAGCACAGCCUGCAACUGCUCAAGAGCCAGAAAAGGAGAUCAGUACUCUGGCAGUGCACUUGUCUGCUACAGUAGCUCAGACUCACUUUGAUGUCUCAGAUGGCCAUCGCAGCACACCCCCUCCUUUGGCUACAGGCCCUGUUGUUGUCGCCCCCUCAACAACUUUAUCAGCUCAAUCAAUUGUUCAAUCUGCUGCUUUGCCAUCAAUAACUGGUGCCCAAGUUAAGGAUCCGUGUGGGAGUACAGGAGAGCCAGAAAUCCAACAGACUCAACCUGUAAUGACCAAUGGACCUCUGAAUGAAAUUCUGAGCUCAGUUCCAAUUGAGGAGCUUUUUAGUUCACUCUCGCCCUUGCAGGCUGUGCAGCAAGUUGCUGAAAUUGCUUGUGCUGCUUCUGUUGCCGAUCUCCCCUGCUGCCCCAUCGUGCCACCUUCAUUGGAAAUUACUUCUGCAUAUAGGGCCAUGUCCCCACCUUUCCCUGUCUUGGACCAAAUUUUAGCCCACCCACCAGCUUGCGUGGCUGAAUCAGCUCAGCAGUCUGUGGUAUUGCAGCAGCCUUUUGCAGCCCAGAUGCAGGAAACCGUUGGAGCUACUGGAACAACGGCAUCUUCUCAGCCUCAAAGCCCAGCUCAAGCUCCUCAACAGUAUCUGCAACAGCAAGCAUCCGCUUCUGGGCUGUCUAGCACUCCACAGACUUCUCUGAUGGAGUCUGAUGGGGAAGGCCCGCCAAGGGUGGAGUUUGUGGACAACACAAUCAAGACAUUGGAUGAAAAACUACGCACUUUGCUAUAUCAAGAGUACGUUCCUACGUGCUCAGCAGGUACAUCUGAAACCCCUGGUGGUUCUGGUGCUGAAUAUAUUCACUCUCCUCCUAUUACUGAAAGUAUGCUAGCUGAAAUUGAAAAUAUGCCAUCAGGAAUCCCUGACACAGCUGGCAAUCAGAUGUCGUUUCCUGAUGAAGUGUUGAAUCAUCCUCUGUGUACAUCAGAACUACCUGUGAAGGGUGUCAUCCAGACAGCGCCUGCCAGUACAGUGACUUGUAACUAUGUGUCGCCACGAUCUGCAUUUCGUGAACAGAUGCCUCAAAUUCCAGAAAGAAAUGACAGCUUGAGCUGUGGUAAUGAAACUGACAUACCCUGGAAAAAAGGGUCAUUUGACAGUACAAGUAGAGGAGAGUUUCUUCUGAACUUUGCCGCUAGUACACCAACCAGCACAGCAAAGAGCAGGUUUCAGAUUAUUCCUACCCCUCCAGAUAUCAUCAUAAGGAGACUCGACCGAAGCAAGAAGAGUAUCUGUCCAAGCACCAAAUGCACAAACAGUCCGGCACAGGCCCCUCUGGUGAAUGGGGUGCAUGGUUUAGACUUUCGAGAGAGCAAGACAACUGAGCCUGACUACAAUAACCUUGGUGCGCCAGCAGAGGGCUCUCCAAUCACAACUAUUGGCAGGUUCUCUGUCGUUAGCACAAAGGAUGAAGUAACUUUCAAGACACCUAACAAUAACAGAUAUUCAGCACCUCCUGACUUCUACAUGGAUGAACCUCCCUCCAGUCCCAAAAUGAAGCCUGUUCCCCGUGCUCAUACAUCUGUUCCUGUUGAUGUCACUGUCCACAGUCAUUCUACGGAUUCUGGGGAUGAGGUUAACAAACCCAAAUCUGCUGCUUCUGCCACCAUCCCGUGUUCUGGCACAGGCGAUCACACCAGCAAUGAUCUGAUGAAAAAAGCUGUUGCUUUCUUAAGAAGAUCUGGAAAACACACCAGCGUGCAGAGCCCUGACUCUCUGAAAGGACAGGGGGCAAACGUUCCAACAAUAAGUAUUACCUCCUUCCAUUCUCAGUCCUCCUACAUCAGCAGUGACAAUGAUUCUGAAUUUGAAGAUGCAGAUAUGAAAAAAGAGUUGCAGAGGCUCAGAGAAAAACACAUGAAGGAGAUCUCUGAACUGCAGUCCCACCAGAGGGGUGAGAUUGAGUUGCUUUGCAAGAAACUUGGCAAACCUCUCCCCCCAACUGUGGGAUUCCUGCAUGCAGCGCCACCAACUGGCCGCAGGCGCAGAGCCAGCAAGUGCAAACUCAAGGCUGGGAAGCUGCUCAAUCCGCUGGUUCAGCAACUUAAAAAUGUUACCACUAAUACCAAUGAGAGUGAGUCACCUGUGAAUUCCACUGCUGCCUCGGCCACAGAUUCCGGUCUGGCUGACAGUACUCCUUUAACCACUGCAAGUACACUGCCUUCCUCCGCAACUGUCAUUCCAGCUACAGAGCCUGUUCAGACACAGCAGCCCUGCUCAGUCAAAGGGUCUCUUUCCUCUGAUGGCAUCUAUUCCGGCUUCAUCAGCGAUGGGAGCGGAGCACACAGCGGGCUCAGUCAAGGCUGGACGGUUUACCACCAAACACCUGAGAGAGUGACCUAUAAAUCUAGUAGCAAACCUCGUACCAGAUUCCUCAGUGGACCUGUGUCUUUGUCCAUCUGGUCUACCCUGAAACGACUUUGUCUAGGCAAAGAGCGCAGUAGUAGGUCCUCAAAUAAUAGCAGUUCGACAGUGCCGGUACAGAGCCAGCAGCCCAUGCCACAACAGCUGCAGGGGCUGGCGCAGGCUCAAGCCAACAACAGCAACGACAAGAAAGGCACCUUUACAGAUGAUCUGCACAAGCUAGUGGACGACUGGACCAAAGAAACCGUUGGAGCCACACAUAUAAAACCUUCUUUAAACCAGAUAAAGCAAAAGAGACAAUGGCAAGAUAUGGAGCACAAACCAAAGCAAGCUGUGAGCGAGAUGAAAUGUACGAGUAUACCUGGAACAAUGAAAAAGUACCAGAUUCCACUGUCAUGCCCAAUGACUGCUGCUCUGGCACCAAGGAUUUCACCAGCCAUGACUGGCAGCCACGUGCCUGGGAUGAUGCCUCCUUAUAGAAUGCCUGCCUGCCAGUUCGGAGGACCCAUUCCUGGGUCUGUGUAUGGAGUACAAUGGCCAGUCAUAACGGGUCCAGUGGCACAAGCCGGUGUGUUCGGGGCACCGGAUGUGCCCAGAUUUCCAUCCCUUGGAAAUGCAGGCUUGCAAGUUUAUCCUGUGCCACUACAGAAACCCAUUGUGAACCCGCCAGGCCCCAACAUGAGGACUACUUAGCUUAAUGUGUGUAUGCUGGUCCAGUGUUUUAUAAAGCUUUACUCUGGUGUGUAUUAGCUUAUAGGGAACACUUGUGCAGUUGGAUACGGUUCUGCUGGCAACUGAUGUAAGGCUGAUUGAGCACAUAGCCAUACAUUGCAUCAUGCAAUCACUGUGAAACAAUUUCACAAAGUUAAGGUUAGUUUGUCUGGGACAAUUUAUAGCUUAAGUAUUAUUAAGACACUUUAUUAUGUUAUAUGCUUGUAAGUUAAAACACUAGUAACCUAAAGCAAGGUUUUCAAAGAACUUGAACAUGUAUUUAAAAGGUUAUGUACCCUGCAGGAGUAUAGUGCCUUGAAUAAUGCUUUUCAGUUUCUGCUGGAAAGAGGUGUAAAUGUUUGAAAGAUAUAUGUUUUGUUUUUUUUUUUGGGGGGGGGGGGGGG